CUCAGCUGCUGGGGGGCGGGCCCGCAGCUGACCAUGGCGGGCGAGCUUGAGGGUUCCAAACCUCUGAGCGGGCUGCUGAGCGGCCUGGCCCAGGAAGCUUUCCACGGGCAUCAAGGCAUCACAGAAGAGCUGCUGCGGAGCCAGCUCUAUCCAGACGUGUCACUGGAGGAGUUCCGCCCCUUUCUGGCUAAGAUGAGAGGGAUUCUUAAGUCAAUUGCAUCUGCAGACAUGGAUUUCAACCAGUUGGAGGCAUUCUUGACUGCUCAAACCAAAAAGCAAGGUGGGAUCACAUGUGACCAAGCUGCUGUCAUUUCCAAAUUCUGGAAGAGCCAUAAGACAAAAAUUCGAGAGAGCCUCAUGAACCAGAGCCGUUGGGACAGUGGGCUUCGAGGUCUGAGUUGGAGAGUUGAUGGCAAAUCGCAGUCAAGGCAUUCAGCUCAAAUACACACCCCUGUUGCCAUAAUGGAGCUGGAAAUAGGAAAAAGUGGACAGGAAUCUGAAUUUCUGUGUUUGGAAUUUGAUGAAGUCAAGGUCAAUCAAGUCCUAAAGAAGCUGUCAGAGGUAGAAGAAAGUAUCAGCACACUGAUGCAGCCAGCCUAGCUGAAGAUGGAGUUGUUGAAGCAAAGGUGUUCAUGAUCCCUCCCCAGUGAGCUGGGGUGUUUUGUUGUUGUUUUGUCGUUGUUUUUUAAAAUCUUAUUACCCCAUUAGUAUUAAAUCCUCAAAUUCAAAUCUU